AUGACUCGCUCAAAAAGAGAAAAACAAAAGAAGAGCGAGAAUUUAGAUCAUGCCAACAAAGACGAUUCAAAGCAUGAUACCCUGCCCACAACAACUUCUGGCCAAAAAAAAACCGGCAAUCGAAGCUUUGUGACCUGUUUCCCUGGUCUCACACCGGAAAACUUUGAACAACAAGUCGACAAAUGGACAGUUGCGGAUCUUCGACAGCGACUUGUGGAACAACAACAGAAACAAGCUCAUAAUCGGACUCGGGCACCCCAAGAUAUAACUGACCUUACCGAGAUUGUUUGCAUUGGUUUUGAAAAGAGGAUGCUUAUGGUAGCCUUAAUGGGAGGACUUCCAGAAACGGUGAUAUGGGAUCUAGUAAAUAUGGGUUCCAAAUCAUCAAAGCCAAAUAGGUGGAUACGCUUUCUAGCAUUUUCUAAGCUAGCUCUGGCAGAGAAACUACCUCCUCGUAAUGACAAAUCAGGCUGGAAGGCACGGAAUCAAAAACUAGGCCGAAUGUGGAAGGAAUUGACCAGCGAUGAAAGACAAGUCUUCAGUGAUCCCUUUUUCUUUGCUUUAGCCAAUCUACCCGAUCUUUCAAAAGUUGUGAUAGACGAUGAAGAUGAAGAAAAGGAGGAAGAUCAAUCGGCUCAGGUGCCGACUCCUGCAGUACACCAACUCUCCGAUGAGGACAAACUCAAAUACCAACCUCUAUUUGAUCGAAUGGUCAACAUCGAGAAGGUGCAUAUUACCCACGGAUCACCAAAAUCGACCAGCUCAAUGGCCACCUUACAACUUAAGUCACUAGCAGCUUUCCGCAAGGCUCAUCAUGCCGUAAGUCCACAGGUCUUGGAAUGUAAGGUGGCACUCCAAAUUAAUGUUCAACCAUCCAGUUCGCAGUUGAAUGCCAGAGGUACCACAUCAACUACUACUUGA